UCUCACCCUCUCGCGGCACCUGUUGCAAGUGACAGUUUCUAGGGGAAGUACUUGAGAUAUAGUGGAGAAGAAGACCAUGGCCUUUUCUUCAUGGAACUUACUUCAGCAGAAGAGAUGUGUCCCUUGUAAAAUGGCACAUAGCUGGAUUCUAAAAAAUUUUAUCUGGUCUGUUAACCUCUGCAUUUUAAUGGGCAGCUGUGGUGGCUCUCCUGGUCUGGCUGCUUUGAAGAAGGAAGAGUAGAAGAAAAAACCAGAGUAACAUGUCAGAGAUACUUGACCUCUCUUUUCUAUCUGAGGUGGAGAGGGAUUUGAUCCUCAGUGUUCUACAACGAGAUGAGGAGCUCCGGAAAGCAGAUGAGAAAAGGAUCAGGAGACUGAAGAAUGAGCUACUGGAGAUAAAAAGGAAAGGGGCCAAGAGGGGCAGUCAACACUAUAGUGAUCGGACCUGUGCCCGGUGCCAGGAGAGCCUGGGCCGUUUGACUCCCAAGACCAACACUUGUCGGGGUUGUAAUCACCUGGUGUGUCGGGACUGCUGCAUCCAGGAAAGUAAUGGUACCUGGAGGUGCAAGGUGUGCACCAAGGAAAUAGAGCUGAAGAAGGCAACUGGAGACUGGUUUUAUGACCAGAAAGUGAAUCGCUUUGCUUACCACACAGGCAGUGAGAUAAUUAGGAUGUCCCUGCGCCGCAAGCCUACAGUGAAUAAAAGAGAGACACUGGGACAGUCCCUUCUUCCUCAGUCACAGAUGGAUGAUAUCUGGCCAGGAAGAAGGAUCAUUCAGGAGCAACAGAAGGAACCCAGUGUGCUGUUUGAAGUGCCCAAGCCAAAAAGCAUAAGGAGUGUGCUGGAGGCCGAGAGUGAAAGUCUGGAUAGCUACACAGCUGACUCGGAUAGCCUGACAAGGAGAGACUCUCUGGAUAAAUCUGGCCUCUUUCCAGAGUGGAAGAAGAUGUCUGCCCCUGCAUCUCAAGUGGAAAAGGAAACUCAGCCUGGGGGUCAAAACAUGGCAUCUAUUGAUGAGGGUGAAAUGAUAUUUAAGAAGAACACCAGAAAAAUCCUCAGGCCUUCAGAAUAUACUAAAUCUGUGAUUGAUCUUCGCCCGGAAGAUGUGGGACAUAAAAAUGGCUCCUUGGGAGACAGAAGCAAAUCUGUCCCAGGCCUCAGUGUAGAUAUGGAAGAGGAAGAGGAAGAGGAAGAAGAAGACAUUGACCAUCUGGUGAAGCUGCAUCGCCAGAAGCUAGCCAGAAGCAGCAUGCGAAGUGGUUCCUCCAUGAGUACAAUUGGCAGCAUGACGAGCAUCUAUAGUGAAGCUGGCGACUUCGGCAACAUCUUUGUGACGGGCAAGAUUGCCUUUUCCCUGAAGUAUGAGCAGCAAACACAGACUCUGGUCAUCCAUGUGAAGGAGUGCCACCAGCUGGCCUAUGCGGAUGAAGCUAAGAAGCGCUCUAACCCAUAUGUGAAGACUUAUCUUCUGCCUGACAAGUCCCGCCAAGGAAAAAGAAAAACCAGCAUCAAGAGGGACACCAUCAAUCCACUGUAUGAUGAGACCCUUAGAUAUGAGAUCCCAGAAUCUCUUCUGGCCCAGAGGACUUUGCAGUUCUCAGUUUGGCAUCAUGGUCGUUUUGGCAGAAACACUUUCCUUGGAGAGGCAGAGGUCCAGAUGGAUUCCUGGAAGCUUGAUAAGAAACUGGAUCAUUGCCUCCCUUUACACGGAAAGAUCAGUGCUGAGUCCCUGACUGGCUUGCCAUCACACAAAGGCGAGUUGGUGGUUUCAUUGAAAUACAUCCCAGCCUCCAAACUCCCUGUUGGAGGUGACUGGAAAAAGAGUAAAGGUGGGGAAGGGGGAGAGCUCCAGGUGUGGAUCAAAGAAGCCAAGAACCUGACGGCUGCCAAAUCAGGAGGGACUUCAGACAGCUUUGUCAAGGGAUAUCUCCUUCCCAUGAGGAACAAGGCCAGUAAGCGUAAAACUCCCGUGAUGAAGAAGACCCUGAAUCCCCACUACAACCACACAUUUGUCUACAAUGGUGUGAGGCUGGAAGAUCUGCAACACAUGUGCCUGGAACUGACUGUGUGGGACCGGGAGCCUCUGGCCAGCAAUGACUUCCUGGGUGGGGUCAGGCUGGGUGUUGGCACUGGGAUCAGUAAUGGGGAAGUGGUGGACUGGAUGGACUCGACUGGGGAAGAAGUGAGCCUGUGGCAGAAGAUGCGACAGUACCCAGGGUCGUGGGCAGAAGGGACUCUGCAGUUGCGUUCCUCGAUGGCCAAACAGAAGCUGGGCCUAUGAGUCCCCGUCCUUCUCUGCAGGUCCAGCCCUGUCCAGGGCAAGUCAGAGGACAUGAAGAAACCAAGAGCAAAGAUUUAUAAUGUUGUGUGUGUGUGUGUAUGUUUGUGUGUUAUGUGUGUGUGUGUGUGUGUGU